GCAAGAGAAUCAUCAGAGAAAAUCUCCUGGAGAUAUCUUGUUAUCGUCUAAAAUAGUUCCUUUCUUCGAAGAGUCAGAACCCAAGUUGGUAAUUUUCUCUCGAUUUCUCGCAAGUACUCGUCCGUUUACUGGGUUUUUCGCUUUCGCUUCUAUCUUCUUUUCCGGCGAGUUCGUCGGGGAGGAAAAACAAGAGUAGAAAAUAUGCAAAUUUCUAGCUCACUGAGAUCGUCGGAGGUUUUCCUCCUCGCCAGAGGAGUGAAACCCAGUACGAGGACUCAGCUUUGGUUCACAGAAAAACUCAUUUUCCGGCAAGAAAAGUCCGCAGCUGUCCGUUUCAAGAACUUAGUGGUUUCAUUCAACCCGAGACCUGUGCCCCCGAGCUUGAUUAUCGCAGAGAAAGAGGAGGCGAAAGCUGUUCUGAGCCUGUUCCUGAAGAAGCUCGGUUUUAGCAACACGUUCGCUGUAAGAACCAUCAACAAGUCUGACCUUUUCAUCGACCAUCUGGUCUCGAGACUUCACUCUGUUCAUAAAUCUCGGUACCUCGUAGGGAGGGAGCUGACUACUCUCGAGAUUCGAGAUGCUCUCAUUCCGUACCUCGAAUCUCUUCACGAAGAGAACGGAGAUCUUCUCCCGGACAUGGUUGCUAGUUUCCCGAAUCCGCCAGCCAAGCGAAGACCGGAAUCAUCACCAGUCCCGGUUCUACCAUCCAGUUCUGCUACUGAUUCUGCUGCCGCUGCUGAUUCUCGCAAGCUCCGAGCUGUAUCCCGUGUGAGCGAACUCGGCCCAGAAGGUGCGCUCCGUCCCCAAAUCCUCUACCUCCUUGACCUCGGUCUUAAGCUCGAGCAGAUCAAGGUGAUCACCCGCAAAUUUCCCGCCUUUCCAUACUACAGCCUUGAGGGCAAGAUCAGACCAGUGGUCGAGUUCCUCCUAGACCUCGGGAUCCCGAGAUCAGAUAUACCGACAAUCCUCUGCAAACGUCCCCAAAUCUGCGGUAUCAGCCUCUCAGACAAUCUUAAACCCACAAUGGCCUUCCUCGAGACUCUUGGCAUAGACAAGAAUCAAUGGGCGAAGGUCAUUUACCGUUUUCCGGCUAUUCUCACGUAUAGCCGGCAAAAACUCACCGCUACGGCCGACUUCCUAUCUGAAACCGGUCUCUCUGAGGAAAGCAUCGGAAAGGUCUUAACCCGAUGUCCGAACAUCAUCAGUUACAGCAUCGAGGACAAACUCCGGCCUACCAUAGAGUAUUUCAAAUCGCUAAACGUUGAUGUUGCAGUUCUUCUCCACCGGUGUCCACAGACUUUUGGACUGAGCAUUGAAACGAAUCUGAAACCCGUGACAGAGUUUUUUCUCGAGAAAGGGUACACUUUAGACGAGAUUCGGAUCAUGAUCUCGAGGUAUGGAGCUCUGUACACGUUUAGCUUGAACGAGAACUUGAUGCCGAAAUGGGAGUACUUUCAGACAAUGGAUUACCCGAACUCGGAGCUGGUGAAGUUUCCACAGUUCUUUGGUUACAGCCUGGAGGAAAGGAUCAAGCCAAGGUAUGAGCUUGUGAAGAGUUGUGGGGUGAAACUGCUUCUGAACCAGGUCCUGUCCCUGUCGGGACGUGAGUUCGAUAGAGUGGUGAACAAGAAGAUGAAGAAACUGCUCCCAAACCAUGGAAGCACCAAAAGUGUAAAACCCAAGAAAGCUGAUAUCAGUGAUUGAUACAAAAAGGCUGUGAAUUUUUCGAAUCCAAAUUUAGCGGUUGCGGUUUAUACUCCUGACCUGCGAGAUCGUGUUUUUUUUUCCGUCCGAAGCAGCCGCGGAAUUAGCUCGUGUGUUCAUAGUUUCCUCAUGAAAUGUUGAUGACAAACUAACCGGAAAGUCUGUAUCUCCCUUUGUCUUAGAAACAAGUCCUUUUAACAAUGAUAACGUUGGCUUCUCUUGGGCCGGUCUGA